AUGGUUGAAACCGAUUCCGCAACACAAAUCUUCACGAAGGAACAAGUUUCUGCUGCAAGGCGACGAUACGUAAAAAUGCGGGAUGAAAAGCGGGCAUGGACCGCGGACAACGAGAAGCGUAAGCUUGCAAACCAACCAACUCGCUCACUGCGUCAGUACAAGAAGGACAUGACACCUUCACCUCCACCUGACACAGAAGAGCAAUGCCAACCACCCAGCGGCAAGCUGGAGAGGUAUGACUACCGCCAACCUCAACCAGACCGCCUUCCCAAGGCAAAGAUUCCUCUUGCGAAAACCGAAUCCGAGUCCAAAGCUGUACAACGAUCUCGAGAACAAUAUGCGAACUUACACAAACCUGGGCGUUUCUUUUCAGUGAAUACAACAGCAGGAGCCAAGCGUCGAGCAGAGGACGACAAUGACAAGGAUUCCAAGCGAUCGAGGAUCGGAGAAGUUCCCAAAACUGGUGUAAAACGCAGUGCAGCGGAGUUGGAUAGUGGCAGGGCCAAGAGAGCUAAAUCAGCGUCCUUCAUGGAUCACUUGAACGGAUACGAUGAGGAGAAGGCCGCAGCAGCUGACGGCGUAAGAACUGGAUCGAAGACAGCCACGGCAGACUCGAAUCAAAAGGCAGCUGGGCAGAGCGGCAAAGCUGCUUCAAAAGCAAAAGCCGACCCAGCGCUUGACACUGCAAAGCGUGUGGACAAUAAAAAUGAUGGUGACAAACAAGCGAAACCAAAGGCCACAGCCAAAUCUCCCACGCCAGCCACUAAACAGACGGGUGAAGUGAAGGGAUCCAAGGCUGACAUGGCAUCAAGUGCUGCGACCAUUAAGCAGAAGGCUGCUGCCGCCAACACAUCAAAGGCAAAUGCAGAGAUCGAAUCUGGUCCAACAUCUGAUACAAAAGCCGAACAGACCGAUGGCGUUGCCAAGUCUGGUCCAUCAUCCAAGCGUGUCGGAAAGCAACCUGCGGCAGGAAGUGAGAAGGUCGACAUCCAGAAGACCAAGACUCAGAAUAGUCCUAUCACUUCGGUCGCAGCCCAAACUUCAGCCACUGUCAAUCCCAAAGAAGAACAGACUGUGAAGAAGGUUACAGCGGCUUCACCAACAGGCAGCAAGCAAGAAGGCUGUGCUGCUAAGCACCACGCGGCGGAUGGCACUCUCGACAAAGACCAUUCACCAGAAAAGCCAGUGGCAACAGGGGGCGUCCCUCCAACAGCGGGCGUCAAGCGCAAAGGUGACGAUGAAGUUUCGAGCCCAGCCAAAAAGCCCAAGCGGGAGGCAAGCAACCACCAAAACUCCUUGUUGAACUUCAAUAAAGCAUGUUUCAUGAACGCUAGCUUGCAUCUGCUUCACUCGAUCCCCACUUUUGCAGUCUUGGAAAACGAGAGCGACAAAGAAACCAAAGCCGACGCCAUUUUACAACCAGAAGAGAUGAGAUCAGCAGUUAUUGGCCGUGGGCGACCGAAACUAGCUGCUUGUGCUAAACAGCGUGAACACUUGAAGCUCAGGAAAGAAAGCGGUGAGCUCAAGCUCUUACCGCAUCUCAAAUCGAUCAUGACGCAAAUGUCUAAGGUCGGAGAGGAACCGCGCGCAAUCAACCCGUUUGUCUUUCAGCAGGUGUGUGGCACCAUGUUCACAGAGAAUAAAGACCACCCAAUGUACGGCGAUACUCAAGGGGACGCCCACGAGUUCAUCCUCAAACUUUUGGAGCAGGUAAGAAAGGAGCAGCCGGAGCUUGGCGUUGAUGAACUUUUGACAGCACAAUUUGCCGAGCAGCAAGUGUGCGCAUGUGGCGCGAGAAAAACCUUCAUAGAGGAUGGUUGCCAUUUGAGCAUUCCAGAAGAACUCGGUUCUAGGCGAAUGAGCUUUGACGAAUUGCUGGGUCGAAAUCUGCGAGGUGGAUCAAGGUUUCUCGAGUACCGCUGCGAAAACUGUGGCUGGUUAGGCAAGUGGUCAACAAAGGACAGCUGGGUUGGAAAGCGAAUGAUCAAGUCACCAGCAUAUCUCAUUGCUCACGUCUCCAGAGGUCAAGCCUAUGCGCAGGGCGGUCAGAUGGAAAAGGCCACAAACAAGAUUACGCCUCCAAUGUGCAAAACCAUACUACCUUCUGGCGAUGACAGCCCAGUCUACUAUCAUUUAGAGGGGAUGAUUGAGCACACGGGCAACAGCCCUCAUCGCGGACAUUACACCACCACUAGAAAGAUUGGCGCUCAAUGGUGGCAUUGCGACGAUGUUGGCCGCCGCGGUGUCAUACCUUUGACCCGCACACACGCCAAAAACCAUGACGAAGGAUAUAUCUUUCUGUUGAAGAAGGUCGGGAAGGACGUACCAUACGUCGAUCCACCAACCGAUUCGCACCCAUAA